AUGUUUAUGGAGGUACCACAAGGACUGCAAAUUGAGGUUCCUGACCUAGUUUGCAAGUUGAACAAGUCCUUAUAUGGACUAAAACAGGCAAGCAGGCAAUGGUAUGACAAGCUAACUACAACAUUAUGCACCAGGGGUUUUAGACAUUCAGAAAAUAAUUACUCCUUGUUCUAUAAAAAGAAUGGGUUUUCAAUUGUAUUUGUAGCUGUCUACGUUGAUGAUGUGAUUCUUACAGGGACAGAUAUAGAAGAAAUUAAGGCACUAAAGUCUUUCCUCCAUGAUCAGUUUAAAAUCAAGGAUCUGGGGAAAUUGCACUACUUUUUGGACUGGAAGUGUUCUACAAAAGCAAUGGGGUUCUCAUUUCACAAAGGAAAAACAGAAUACAGAUCAAUUAGGAAGGUGGUUGGAGAAUUAGUCUGGCUCAAACGGCUGCUAGAAGCAUUGACAGUACCUUGCCUACAUCCUAUACCAGUCUUUUGUGAUAGACAGGCUGCACUACACAUGGCAAGAAACCCAGUGUUUUAUGAACAUACCAAUCAUAUAGAGGUAGAUUGUUAUUUUGUCCGCGACAAGUUGUACGAUGGCCUCAUCACCUUACAUCACAUUUCCACAGAUAUUCAACUAGCAGACAUUCUUACCAAGGCCUUGACAGGCAUCAAGCAUAGUUCUGUUCUCAGCAAGUUGGCAGUGAGUUCCUCCCCUCCAACUUGA